AUGGAAAAUGAAGACUCCGUGGAUGAUAGCACCAGCACUGAAGAAGACCCCCGUGAAGAGAAAGCAAAAUACAACACAAACUCCGUAGGAUGCUGCUACAAUUUCUCAAGCGAAGUGCUCAAAUUGAGUGUAAUUUCGUAUUACUUUUGGACGUCCUUUUGUUACAUAGGUGGAUCGAUUACAUUUAUAUGUGGGUACACAACUUGGUCCUUGAGAAUACAUGAUCAGAUUGUAUGCGCAGCCUCGUCCAACGUAUAUGUCUUUUCCUCCUUAUGGUUACUUAUUGGUAUGAUUUCUGUGGCCACCUGUAUAUGCUACGCCAUGGCCCUAGACGGGAAGGGUAAUCAAAUACAGGCUGCACAAAACUCCCCCUUAUUUUUAAACUUAUUGGGGAUCCUUUGCAAAACCGUCCCCACCAUCGUGCGCGUAAUUCAUAUUUUCAAUUUAUUUCAACUGUACGUAAUGACGCUCGAUGUUAUGAUUUUGCCUGAGUGCAAUUCUUUUGUUGUGAGAUUUAUUUUGUUCAUUGUUCAUAUUUUAUGGUGGACUAUUGUACUUUUGGGUGUUGUCUCCAGGAGGAAAAUAUUUUUACCUCCUCAUUUGUACAAACCUAUAACAAACGACGUGGGGUAUUUUGUCCAUGUCAAUAACAUGUUGCAUUCCUUUGGCCUAUAA